UCUAGAAAUAGCGAAACACAUUGCAGAAGUUAUCUCGAGCAUCAACAAAAUAUUAUCUUAAUACAGUAGGAACACGAAUUCAGAGACUAAUAAGAUUGAAAUUUAAACCACCUGCUUAAAAUUAUUAAUGAGGUCUGCACCACAUCAAAGAUUAGUCAUGGUUGGCGAUCGUGAUGGGUUGAAAGAAUUACUGAGACGUAGAUUAGUGGAGUGUGGCUGGCGAGAUCAAGUAAAGCUGAUCUCAAAGGAACUGAUAAAGGAACAUGGUCACGAUAUCACUUAUGAUGCAUUGCUAUCCACAGUAACAACCAGAGCUCGUACACUUGUGCCGGAUUCAGUAAAGAAGGAACUGUUACAAAAAAUCAAGAAUCAGCUAAUGGCUCAAGAGGAAAAAUUGAAGAUUGUAACAGAUCGUUAAGAAAUUCACACAUAUUAUUGUUAAACUUUGACAAUUUUUUAUCAUUACAAUUCAUGACAUAAUUGUGAAAGUUAUGAUAAAACUUUUCAGAAAUAUUACAUAUUCCUUAAUGACUUAGUGUGACACUUGACGUAAUUGUUGCACUAAAGCACAUUUACAUAUAAAAAUAACUGUUUACAAAAGCAAAAUGUGAUAUGUAUUUAAUGACUAAUUGGGCUAUAUUUUUAAGAAAUAUAUAUAAUACGAAUGUAA